UCACGUGCUGCAGCCCUUCACUCUCCUCUCUGUGCCUGCACAAAGACAUCAUGUCCUUCCGUCGUUCUUCAUCUUCCUCCAUGCGGAGCUCCUCCAGUGGCAACAUGAUUGGCAUGAGGGCGGGCAGCGUGUACGGCGGGGCGGGAGGCCAAGGGAGCCGCAUCUCCAUGGGAGGAGGCGGUGGCGGAGGCAGCAGCUACAGCAGCAUGAGCACGAGCUUCAGCAUGGCUGGCAUGAAUGACAGUAUCAUUGGGAAUGAAAAGGCCACCAUGAACAACCUGAACGACCGCCUGGCCACUUACCUGGACAAGGUGCGCAGCCUGGAGAAGGCCAACGGAGAGCUGGAGCUGAAGAUCAGACAGUUCCUGGAGAGCAAGGCCGGCCCCAGCACCCGAGACCACAGAGCCUUCACCGCCACCAUCGCAGAACUCACCGCCAAGAUUCACGGCGCCAUCAGUGUGAACGGAACAAUUCAUCUCACCAUCGACAACGCCAGGCUGGCUGCAGACGACUUCAGGACCAAGUAUGAGAACGAGCUGGCCAUGCGUAUGUCUGUUGAGGCUGACACCGCCGGCCUGAAGAGAGUCCUGGACGAGCUGACCAUGAGCCGGUCCGACCUGGAGAUGCAGAUCGAGGGUCUGAGAGAGGAGCUGAUCUUCCUCAGGAAGAACCAUGAAGAGGAGCUGCUGGCGAUGCAUGCUCAGAUGAGCGGCCAGGUACACGUGGAGGUGAACGCCGCUCAGGGUCCCGACCUCAAUAAGGAGAUGGCCGAGAUCAGAGAGUACUACGAAAGCGUCACCGCCAAGAACCAGAGAGAGCUGGAGAUCUGGUUCCAGACAAAGUCGGAGGAGCUGAACAGAGAGGUGGUGACGCAGACGGAGACUCUGCAUACAAGCAGGUCAGAGGUGUCGGAGGUCAAACGCAUGCUGCAGUCUCUGCAGGUCGAGCUGCAGGCCGCACUGAGCAAUAAAAGCUCUAUGGAGGCAUCUCUGGCCGAAAUACAGGUCCGCUUCUCCAUGCAGCUGUCCCAAUACCAGAUGCAGGUGAGCAGCAUGGAGGAGCAGCUGAUGCAGCUCAGGGCUGACCUGGAGAGGCAGGGACAGGAGUACCAGAUGCUGCUGGACAUCAAGACCCGCCUGGAGAUGGAGAUCUCCGAGUACAGGAGGCUGCUGGACGGAGAGACCAGCAGCAGUGUCAGCACCUCCUCUUCCUCCUCCUCCUCAAGGACCAUGACGAAGACAAUCGUGGUGGUAGAGGAGGUUGUGGAUGGAAAGGUGGUCUCCUCCUCCUCUUCCUCAAGCUCAGCGUCUCGCCGCUAGACUGGCCAACUGAGCUUCAGCGGUGGAGCGAAGGACAUCUUCAUCAAACAAUGCUUAAACAAUAAAAGAGAGUCCAAUUUA